AUGGGGAAUUGUCAAGCAGCGGAGGCAGCAACGGUUGUGAUUCAACACCCGGGAAAUAAGAUCCAGAGGAUUUACUGGUCGGUUAGUGCUCACCAAGUCAUGAACUCCAACCCUGGUCAUUACGUUGCUCUUGUCAUUACUUCACCCACUCUCAAAUCCCAGAAUGGCACCCCAUUGAAGCAAUUUAAGCUUCUCCGACCCCACGACACUUUGCUCAUUGGCCAAGUUUACCGCUUGAUCAGCUUUGAAGACGUAUUGAAGGAGUUCGCUUCCAAGAAAUGUGCUAAACUCGGGAAAUUGCUCAAGGAGAGAGGUGGUCUUGGGGUUCAGAUGAAGCACCUAGAUUCCAGACAUCCCAAUCCUAGUACUGUUAAGGUCGAUCAGGAGGUUAAAAGGGUGGGAAGCUAUGGCGGCAGCAGCAAAAAUAACAAAGGCAGCGGAAGGCAUUUUGGUGGUGGGCAAUGGAGGCCAGCUUUACAGAGCAUUGCAGAAGUUGGAACUUGA